AUGCUCACGCACGCUGCGUUUGCGCUAGCGGAAUCGUCCCUGACUACGCUCUGCAUGCUGUGGUCCACCACUUUCGUUGAUUUUAUCCGAUGGAUCGACGAAGAGUGGGAGACGCUCGUAACUGCGAUUGAGACUGACAAGCUGCCGCAGCUACCUGGGACAGAGGAAGUUUACUCCAGCGUUGCAACAAAGUUCUUCGCAGUCCCUGCACGUGCAGAGGAGCUGCGAAAGAUCGGGCCGCCAUCACAUACCGCGGAAGGAUGGACAGUUAAGGUCUGGCCUAAGCUCGAGCUGCUGGUUGCCGUCUGCAGUGGAACAUUCGGACGUGUUUAUCCGCAGGUCAGAGCAUACAUAGGCCCGGACAUCCCCAUUCGCCCUGUGGUUUACGCCUGCACCGAGUGUGCCAUUGCGAUCUCGUACGACGAUCGCAUGCCGAAUGUCAACCAGGUGCUUACAGAAGACUACAUCGAGUUACUCGAGGUUACUCCCACGAAUGAAGAUGGAGAGCUUAAGCACUUGUGGCAACUCUUAGUAGGUAGACUGUACGAGCCAGUCGUUACAACGCGCUCUGGCCUAUGGCGCUACCGGAUGGGUGAUGUCGUUGAAUUCGCCGGUUUCUCUCCAGCGGACGGCUCGCCUCUACUGCGACCCAGGGAGCGACGGAACCAGUCCCUUAGGCUGCCUCUCGCGCUAAUAUCGCAGACGAAUAUCAUCGAUUCUAUUGCGGGUGUUGGGGAAAUUAGCCAGACAGAAUUUACGACGUGGAUAGACGACCGCAAGGUGCCAACAGUCGGUUUCUUGGUAGAACCAGCCCCGGGAAAAGGUAACACGAUGAUGGAUAACCUGAUUGAAGGCAACGAGAUGUUCGCCAUGAGUGCCAAAAAAGGGCAAUCCGUCAAACCGACUAUCCGUGUUCUUGCUCCUGGCACAUUUGGCGAAUUUAGGCGCUGGAAAGGGGAGCUUAGUGGUACAGGCAGUUCCCAGGUCAAACUGCCUCUUAUCAUGGUGGAUACGAAGGGACAAGAGUUCCUACUUCUAGGGUUGUCGAUGAGGUUCACUAAGCAUUGUAGGUAG